AUGGCGAGCAACGACGGGAAGACCUUCCCCCCAAGGAAGUGGUACAGAAGAGUGCCAUUCCUAUCAGCCAAGCCAAUACAGCAGAGACUCACAGCGCCAAAGGUCUCUACGCCAGGCAAUGUCGAGCAUCAGAAUGAAGACAAGCUUCCUAUGCCAGAGCUCCAGGCAAAUUGGCUGUCGAUUUUGACCUUCAACUGGCUGGGACGUCUUUUGCGGACGGGUUACACACGACCUCUCCAAGCAGAGGAUCUGUAUGACAUGCCCAGCGAUAGGUUGGCAGAAGAUCAUGCAAAUCGCCUGGAAGAAGCUUGGGCUGCAAGACUUGCUGUGAAUCAAGGACGAAAGCCUGUUACUUCGUCGAAUCCGUUCUCAUGGAGACCGUUCUGGGCGAGACAUACCACUGAUACAACUGUCUUGACCUUGGCUCUCAAUGAUGUAUGCUUCAAAUGGUUCUGGCUUGGCGGACUCUUCAAGUUGGCUGGAGACUUGUCACAAAUUUUAUCGCCUCUACUCAUCAGAUUCCUUAUCGCUACUUUAUCCGACUCAUCGCAACAAGGUCUUCGUUCAGGCUUUGGCUACGUCGUUGGACUUUUCCUUCUUCUUGUCUUUUCUGUCACCUCCAACGUCCAUGGCUUCUAUCGCUCUUACACCACCGGUGUCUUGCUCCGUGGUGCAUUGAUGCACGUCAUUUAUCGCAGAGCAACCACGCAGCUCAGCGAAAAGGCCAAGCUGAAACAUGGUCUCGGUACUGGAAAACUCAUGAGUCUCAUCAGCGCUGAUGUGACGCGAGUUGACUUCUGCUGUGGCUACUUCCAUGUCGCAUGGACAAGUAUCUUCCAGAUGCUGCUCUGCUUCGCCUUGACCGUCUGGACCAUGGGAUACAGCGCUCUGCCGGGAUUCGGCCUGCUUGCAUUCCUGUACCCUCUCCAGUCUUUCAUGAUGGGCCGUCUACUUCGACUGCGACGGGGCAGCAUGCCGUUCACAGAUGCCCGAGUCAAGGCUGUCGUUGAAGCAGUUGCUGCUAUUCGCCUCGUCAAAACAAACGCUUACGAGGAGAGUUUGCUCUCCAAGAUCGGAAAGCUGAGGUCUGACGAGGUAGUGUAUAUCCGCAAGAGGAUGCUUCUCAGGGCCCUCAACACUGCGGUCUCUUACACGGCGCCGACUCUUGCUUCGGUCGUUAGCAUUGUUUGCUAUGGAGCGACUAGCAAAAAUGGCAUGGAUGCAGGCGUUGUGUUUUCUGGCCUUGCAUAUUUCAUGCUGUUGAGAACACCUCUUCAAGCUCUUCCUACUGCUCUGUCAGCUAUUGCAGAUGCUUGGGCUGCGCUGGAGCGACUGGCGUUGUUUAUGCUUGCUUCCGAUGUAGACCCUGAUGCGCCUUCAUCUAGCCCUCAAACUAGUUUGGGCUACUCUAGUGAGGAGGAAGAAGCGUCUGAUGCCGUGAUAAAAGUCGAGGAUGCCACUUUUGCAUAUCACGAUGACUCGCAACUACUGGCAGCGGAAGAAGGGAAGGAUGUGGCCCAGGAACAAUCAGAGAGCAAAGCGCUUAGUCAGAGUCAGAGACUUAUGAUAGACUCGUUACUAGUGAAGCGCAAUCAGCUCUUCUGCAUUGUUGGAGCCGUUGCAUCAGGCAAAACCUCGGUCUUGAGGGCACUUCUCGGCGACAUGCAUCUCAUCCAAGCGCGUUCCUAUCAGCUCAGCCUCACGACUGCUUCAUCUCAGAUUGCCCUAGCCCCACAAACCGCAUGGCUUCUGAGCGAAACGGUGAGAGAGAACAUCGUCUUUGGUAGACCUCUCGACCUCGCGUGGUAUGACGAGGUUCUCACACGCUGCUGUCUCCAUCAGGACAUGAACGCUUUGCCGGAUGGUGACAUGACAGUCGUCGGCGAGAAUGGAGUUUCGCUCUCUGGUGGUCAGAAGCAGCGUAUCAGUCUUGCGAGAGCUAUAUACGGCAGAAGUCCACUCCUCUUCCUUGAUGACUGUUUCUCAGCCCUAGAUGCUCACGUUAGUGCUCGUGUUUUCGGUAUGGUCGUCAAUCAAGCACGUCGCAAUAACGAAGGCACUAUCGUUCUGGUUACACACUCGAUUCCGUUUGCUAGGCAAGCUGAUCACAUUGUAUACAUGGAAAAGGGCCGCAUUGCUGAGCAGGGCUCAUUUGAGCAAUUGUACAGUCAGAAUGGAGACUUUUCUCAGUUCGCAGGUUCUUCAUCUCUGGUCUUGGACUCAGACUCAGAUUCAGAAACCGCCGGUAGUGGUGAUUCCGAGAAGGCUGUGCCUGAUGAAUCCACCACGGCGGGGACACGGACAGAUAAGGCCAAGCCUGAUACCAAGGACAAACAGGUAACCCAGACUCGCGGCAAGGAGUUGAUGCAGACUGAAGAAAGAGUCGUCGGCUCAGUCAGCGGCCGAACCUACAUCCGCUACGCACAAUUCGGCAACGCCUGGCUCACAGGUCCUCUCCUCAUUCUCUCUAUUGCUAUCUACCAAGGAACCAGCGUCGUCUCACCACUCUGGCUUAGCUGGUGGCAGAAGAACCAGUAUACUACCAUAUCUGAAGAUGCAUACAUGGGAGGAUACGCAGCUUUCGGAGCUGGCCAAUCCCUUGGUCUGUUCUGUAUGAGCGCGACAUUUGCACUCUUCUGCUUCUGGUGCUCCAACAAGCUUCACCAUGCGUCCAUGUCCAAGGUCCUUCUUGCGCCUGUCUCUUUCUUCGACACUACGCCUCAAGGCCGUAUCACGCAUCGAUUCAGCAAAGAUGUUGAUGCGGUGGAUAACGUGGUGGGUGAGACUCUGCGCCUAUUCAUCUCAACCUUUGUCCAGGUCCUGGGCACAAUCAUUGUCGUCAGCAUCAUUGUACCAGCUUUCCUAGCUAUCGCAGCCGCCUUGCUUCUCAUCUACACUUGGACGGGCAUGUACUACCGCCCAUCAUCACGAGAACUCCGCCGACUCAACAAUCUGCUUCGAAGUCGCAUCUACGAGCAUUUCGGCGAGUCUCUUUCGGGUCUUCCCACUCUCAAGGCCUUUGGCGCCAUCCCUCGUUUUGUUGACGAUAACGCGCGCAAGAUUGACACGGAGAACACUGCUUACUGGCUAUCAGUCUCUUGUCAGCGCUGGCUGAACCUCCGUCUGGACCUUUGUGGCGCGACUCUUGUUUUGGCUGCAGGUUUGCUGGUUGUUGGACUUCGCGGUACCAUUGAUCCUUCGUCUGGCGGUGUUGUCUUGUCCUACAUUGUCACGGCUCAGGCUGUUUUUGGCAACAUGAUCCGUCAGAGCGCAGAGAUCGAGAACAACAUGAACUCAGUGGAGAGAAUGCUUCACUACGCCUACAAUAUUGAGCAGGAGCCUGCGCAUCAGGUCGACGAUGUUGAUAAGGAGCUGAAGACCGGUCAAUGGCCACAUGCUGGUCAUGUUCAGUUCCAAUCUUUUACCCUCAGUCAUCGUCCUGGACUUGAGCCUGCACUCAAGGACGUGAACCUGGAUAUCAAAGCUGGUGAAAAGGUCGGCAUUGUCGGCCGUACAGGUGCUGGCAAGACAACGCUAAUCUCUGCGUUAUUGCGAAUCACUGAACCUACGAGUGGUCGAAUCCUCAUCGAUGGAGUCGAUAUUCACACCGUCGGCCUUCACCUCCUCCGAUCAAGCCUCUCCGUCAUCAGCCAAGAUGCCGUUCUUCUAGCCGGUACCAUCCGCUAUAACCUCGACCCUUUCCAACAAUACGACGACGAGUGGCUACAACAAUGCCUGGACCGCGUUGGGCUCGGCCAAUCUGUCAAAGAACAAGAUAGAGAAGCAGAAGAAAACGAGAAGCAUGAUUCUGAGUCCAGCAGUGAGGGAUCAAGUCUAAACCUAGACUCGGAGGUCAAGGAGAACGGUUCCAACAUCUCCCAAGGUCAAAGAUCUCUCAUUUCCAUAGCUAGAGCGCUCGUUCGAAAGUCCAAGAUUGUUAUUCUGGACGAGGCAACGGCCUCUAUUGAUGGCAGAGCGGACGCGAAGCUUCAAGCCAUGCUGAACGAAGUCGUUGGCAACGCAACCGUCCUUACCGUGGCUCAUCGACUAGAUACAAUUGUUGCUACGUGUGACAAGGUCGUCGUGAUGGACAGCGGCAGAGUAGUUGAGUUUGACACUAUCUCGGAGCUGUAUGCCAGUCCAGGCAGUGUGUUUAGAUCUUUGUGCGAUGCAGCAAAGAUUUCCAUUUAG